AUGCUCUACAGUGCUCUUGUGGUCCAGCGUUCGCGCAACAGCGACGGUGCCUACCAGAUACGUCAAGUCGAGAACACUGAGUCACACCUCUUCGACCACGCGAGCAAGCACCGCGUCUCUUUUAGCUCCGCCGUUGAGAUCUUCACCGUCUCCGGCUCCAUCAACACCCAAACCCACGAAACCGAACUCGCCCUCGGCGUUUACGGCAUCAACCUGGGCAUCUUCCACGGCGUCCCCGGCCAGGGUUUCAAAAUUCACAUUGACCUGAGCAUGGUCAAGGGCACCAUCGAGCUAAAGAUGACCGGCUUCGACGAGUUAUGGCUGGAUGUCAAUACCGAGAAUUUCCAGGUCUCCCCAGACGGACCAGGGAAGUUCAUCCAGUGCAAGAAGUCGCACUUUAUCCGAGACAUGCCUGAUCUCAGGUGUGCCCCCUGGGUCUCGUCCGAGGCUCAUCUAUGA